GAGGCGAGCGUACCCUGCGAUAGUGAAGUGGCUUCGGUCAGCAUGCGUUAUCUGAUAAUGGCGGCUUGUGUAGCCGUGGCAUGCGCGAUGCCCUCAUACAUAGCGGUGCCGGCGGACCAGAUCGCCUUCGUAGACCUGACUGCGUUAAGAGCUCGACGGGUUCCAAGGCAAACUCUAUCUCCUCCACCGCAACUACCAGAAGCUUUGUAUGAGGACAACUAUCAACCGAUACCGCUGCAGAACUAUCAGCAAGGAACUGUAGCGCUCGCUCCUCCUCCUGCGCCUGUAGCCCCAGUAAGACUGCAAGGUCACCAAGAUGGGACUCCUAGUGAAACCAACAAUGGCGCAGUCUCCCAAUACGCUGAAAGACCACCAGAUUUUGGAGAGUACGUCGAUUUCGGUGCUCACACAGGGGACAACGGUGCUUUCGGCUGGUAUGCCGAUUAUCCCAUAAAUAACCGGGACUCAUCCGGAUAUAGAAAAUAAAUUAUAAACAAACUUAAAUUUGAAGUGCUCGCAAAAAUUUGAUCAACAAAACGAGCAACUAAAUUGAGUAGUAGUAG